AGACGUGGGGUGGGCGUGAACACGGCCGGCUGUGUGUCCAUCUCUUCCGCACACACACACACGACUGUAUACAAGCUACCGAGCUCUACCUAACCCACAGUAUCUCAACUGUAAGUGACGAGGAUAAACAUAUAUAUCUGUUCAACAUUUCCCCGAGUCGGUUACACAGUUGGGACUCGUUGACUCCGCACAAGUCCUGGCUCGACGUGGGACCCGACAACAACCCCAAAAACUGCGGGGGGGCCCUUUUUUGAUUUUGUGUCUUUCAUGUUGCACCGGCUAGUUUGCAUUUCACAUCGUUGACAUCUCACAGUGUGGCUGAACGACAUGGCAGCCGAUUUCACCUUCCUGCGGCUGGCGUGGACCGGUCUUGUGGUGGUGGUGAUGAUCAAAACGACAGUGCUGAGUGAUUGCGUGACGUGCCAAGACGAUUUCUACUUCCGCAAGUGGCCGGUGAGUCCUCCAGGGAUCAUCCGGACAGGUCAGAGCGUCGAGCUGGAGUGCCGAGUGUCGGCCGAGGAUCGGAUCAGCAUCAGCUGGACGCUCAACGGCGAACUGCUCAUCAAUUCCAGCCGGCGCUACCAGAAUUCGACGACCGGAGCUUUGGUCAUCCGCCGUGCGGAUCACCGUCUCGACUCGGGCGAUUUCGCCUGCACCGCCACCAACGUCUCUUCCGGCUUCUCCAUCGCAUCUCAGCUGGCCACUCUGAUGAUUCACUGGAUCGGCAAUGCGACGAGGAUCGACUUGCAGUCGCUAACGACCGGCCGUCAUAUCGUCGAGGACGGGCUGUCGGGUCUGGCGCAGGUCAACGAAGGCGAAGAUGUGGCCCUUCACUGUCAAGUCGACGGGUCGGGCGAGAUCCUCUACGACUGGUUCCACAACGGCCGCCGGAUCCCCAAAAGUAAAACGAAACGCUUGGCCCUCAACUCGCUGUCCACCUCGGCCAGCGGUACCUACACCUGCUCGGCCAAGAACGGAGCCGGACAGCACUCAAAGUUCAACGUCCCUUUCGGCCUGUCGUCGAGUCAAGUCACCAGGCAGCUGGUCCGCUUCACCAAAGAAACGGUGGCGCAACUCGACACCACCGUCCGCCUUCCGUGUUCCUUCCAGCCUCCGGCUCCCGUCGAGUGGCACUUUCGCGGCAGUCUCCUCGGCCAAACAUCUCAGUACACUGUUGAAGCUGAUGGGCAUCUGGUCAUUUCCAAAGUCAAUCAGCUGAGCGAGGGUUGGUACCAUUGCCGGCCGAGCAUCAGUGAAAGUGACGUUGAAGAAUACGGUUCUCACUUAAAAGUUGCAUAUCUCAAUGAUUUCGCCAAAACGGCCAUUGACCCGCCCCCGCCGCUCUCCAAUGCCCAUCACUAUUAUUUCGCCGAGUACUCGACAGCCGAGUUGACUUGCAUCGCACCCGAUGGUCUUCCACCGCCAACCAUCUGGUGGGAGGGGCCUUCCGGUCAGGUCUUGACUCCGCCGUCGCCAACCGCCGAUUCCAUUCUCCUCCUGACCAGGGUUUUAAACGAAGACGCUGGCACGUACAGAUGUCGGGCCGGAAAUGCAGCCCGCAACGUGUCCAUUCAAGUUAACUUGGUGGUGACCUCUCCGCCGAUGGUCCAGCAACAUCCUGUGAGCGCUACACUCAACGAAGAUGAAACGGCGUCGAUGAGCUGCACAUUUUCAGGAUCGCCAGCACCGGCGACGACCGUCCAGUGGUUGAAAGAUGGGCAACCGCUAGUCGAUCCGCCCAAACCCAUCCAUGGCCUCCGCAAUUCAACACUGAAAUUCGUCACGGCCAACAAGAGACAUGGCGGCAACUACGCGUGUCGGUUGAAAACCAUUGGUCACCAUCCGGUCGAUUCUCAAACGGCCACUUUGCAUGUCCGAGAAAAAUUAAAGUUUACGGUGCCACCGGUGGCCAAGAGUUUGGAGCUUGGCACAGUCCGCAAGAUUUUGUGCAAAGCUCAAGGCAAUCCAGCUCCCAUCGUCCAAUGGGUCAAGGAAGGCUUGAAGCCGUUGCUGGUCUGGCCGCCACACAUCGAAGACGUCAACGGAACGCUCAUUUUUCACGGAGUCCAGGACGAUGAUGCCGGCCAAUACACUUGCAUCGCCACCAAUUCUCAAGGGCUCAUCAGCGCUUCCAUCUUGAUCAACGUGACGAUGUCGCCACAUUUCACGUCGCUACCCAACAACAUCACGUUCGCCAAGGAAGGCACGAAAGUUGAACUGCAUUGCAGAGCGGAAGGUUAUCCUGCCCCGACAAUUCAAUGGGAUCGAGAUUCCGUCAUGGACGGAUUUAUUUCCGAUCGAUUCUCUGUGGAUCGAAACGGGACGUUGACAAUACAAAAUGCCCAGCAAGAGGAUCAAGGAUUUUACGGAUGCACGGCCGGUAAUGCCGGAGGAUUUAAAAGGGCAGAGUUUCGAUUGGUGGUGAAAGAUUGGGAAUACCAAUCAGGUGAUUACGACGGUGCUGAAUCCAUCGCCAAGACUAUAAUAAUCACGUUAGGAGCGGCCGCUGCCUACAUCUUCUUGUCGGUUGGUUUGUUGAUUUGGUGUCGAUUGAGACGACGCCAAAGAAAAUUGCGAUCGCCUAAUGACGGCGGUGCUAGUGGUGCAGAAGCUCAACUCGACGUUCAAACAGCUUUACUGACAAAAGUAGAUGGUCGUCAGUCUCCGGCCAUUGACAAAUUAAAUGUUCCCAACUCCUCAAUCACUAAAGGAGCAUUACAAGGCAAAGGCCGGUUUGGAGAUAUCCUUGAAGGCUCUGUAACUGGUCUGAGUUCAGCAGAAGGCAGCACUCGUGUUCUACUCAGGAUAUUGAGUACUCGAGACGAGGACCUGAACAUUGAAUUCCGCCGACAGGUGGAUAUGUUCCAUCGAGUCCGUCACGCCAAUUUGGCGGCCGUGCUGGGCUGCUGUCGGGACUCGCCCGACUUUCAAAUGAUUCUCAUGGAAUACCACCCGUACGUCAAUCUGAAAUCGCAUUUGCUGUCGACUACUUCUUCGUCUCAGCCGCCGUGGUCGGUCACCCAAAUUCAAAGCGCCACAAUUCAGAUCGCUCGAGGAAUGAACGCACUAGCCGAAGCCCGCUUCGUUCACCGUGAUCUGGGCACGCGAAACAUCCUGGUCGCAUUCCAUGGCAAAGAUAAUACCAAGGUGUGUUUGAAGAUCGGCAGCUUCGGAAUGGACAAGGAGCCGUUCAACAACGAUUACUACGUCUACAAGCACCAGUCGAUCGCUCUGCGCUGGCUCCCGCACGAAGCAGCGUUGGAGGAUGAAUAUUCAACCAAGUCUGACGUGUGGAUGUUCGCCGUCACGAUCUGGGAGCUGCAUCACGCCGCCCAACGGCCUCUGUCCGACCGAUCGGACGAGGUUCUGCUGGCCGAUUUGAGGAAGAGAUGCGGCCAACUCUGGGACGCUUCCUUCUGCAAAUCGAACGCCAUGUCCAGUUUACUUGUCAAGUGUUGGUCACACGACCCCAUUCUCAGGCCGUCUUUUGACGAACUGCUGGUUUGCGCUGAAUCUAAUAGCAAUAACGCAACGCCAUCAACCAGCAACGGCGAAUCUAAAACCCGCUGAAGAUUUACUAUGAGCAAUUUUUGGCGCUUGCCGUCUCUCUCUCUCUCAAUGGUCGCACUAAAAGUUGAUUUUGUCUUUUUGUAAAAAGCCCUUCGCCUAUAUCUUACACCGAAUUAUAUUUUGUGAACAACUUAUCUUAUUAUACUAUCGAUUCUUUCGCUUCACUUUUGAUGAUCCAGCUAUUAUUUAGUUCCGGAAUGCAUUUUACUAUUUUGUAUUCUCGUGAUGGUCGUAACGAUUUCCCUAUUACUCUACUUGCUUUAAAAAAGUAGAAAGGGGUGUUUGAGUUGUUUCAUUAGAUACAGUUUUAUUUUCAAAGAAAUCUUGCUCCCAUAUCCAGCAGUGAUGUCAUUAGUCAUUCUUUGACCACGAUGGAUUCAUGAAAUUUGACAUAUAGUUUUCAAAUAAGGAAACUGAAAUAAAAGGAAUAGCGUUUAUUUUCA